UGGAGCUGUACGGCAACUUGAUCAGCAGCAUGGAGUGUCUGUGCUCACCCGCACCCCCGAACCUGCAGCACUUGGGGCUAGGCCAUAACAAACUGCUGGGCCCUUUGCAGAGUCUGUAUGUCACCUCCAACAACUGGCCCAAACUCGUCUCCCUGGACCUGAGCUUCAACGACUUGACCGACCUGCAGAGCAUGAUAGGGGGGCUCAGCACCCUGCAGCACCUGAGGCUGCUAGUGCUGCAGGGGAACCCACUGGCCCUGGUGCCAUACUACCGUGGCUUUACCGUGGACAGCCUGACACACCUCUGCGUGCUGGAUGACGUCACCGUGUCCCCCAGCGAGAAGCACCAGUUUCGGGGACUCAGCAUUCACGGUGACAUGUUGGCACGUGAGGCACAGUUUGUGGUGACCAUUGGAAAUGUCAGGGGGGUGAUGGACACCUCUAUCUUGGACCCGGAGCCGGGACCUGAUGGCCCCUUCAUCAGCUACAGCUAUUACGUGACCUAUGACUUCGUGGAGGACGAAGAUGGCGAAAGGAACGCCUUCGCCAGCGCGAUGGCCGAGAUGCAGCCUGACAGCGUUCUGGCUGAGCAGAUCGAGCCCUCCUCCAGCACGGUGCAGUUAGAUGAGGAGGGUCACGAGGAGGGCCAGCAGGAGGACCAACAGGAGGUUCUGUCGGUGGGCCGCCCCGCGGGGCCCCAGCGCCCAGCCCGCCAGGUCCGCCAGCCCCGCCAGGGGGGUGGCCGUCAGAAGACGCGCCAAGAGUCCCCCAAGGACGUGUCCCAGGAGAUGUCUGAGUUUAUAGCUGAGAUGAAUCUGAUGGCCGAGGACUCCGGAGAGUCUGGGAUAACGGAUAUGGAGGAGUCGGAGACGACCAUUUCCAUCCGCUCCGCCCCCCUGCCGCAGUCCAUUGACUCUUCAGAAGAAUUGUCAAAGCUGCGGCCACGCAUAGAUGCACGGCUCUGUCCGUCCCCAGGGACGGUCCUCUUCAGCACCGUCCGAAAGCCCUGGACGGACGUCAUUCCUUGCAACUAUGAGAUGAAGCAUACCCUCAAGGAGCUGGUGCGGGUCAAGGCCUUCCUGCUGGCCGGGACCACCGUGACCAUCGUAGAGGAGAAGAUUCUCUCCUGGCCUGUGUUGCCAACCCCGGUCGAGAGUCCCUUGCCCGCCAAGAGUCCCUUGCCCGGCAAGAAGGAGAAAGAAGACAAGAAGGGGAAGGACGACAAGAAGGGGAAGGACGACAAGAAGCGGAAGGACGACAAGAAGGGGAAGGACGACAAGGGAAAGGGGAAAAAACAGAAGGCAGAGGAGGCGGCCAAGGUCGUGGAUAAAAAGGCGCCCAAGAAGAAAAAGGAGCCGCCCAGGGAACUGCGCCAGGACCCGCCCGUGCUGCGCGUGCUGGGUAGCGGCCUGGUGUACCUGGAGCCCUUGCUGGCGGGGGAGACAGCGGUGACCACCGUGUGUAAUUUUGGGGUGGUCCGCACCCUGGAGUCUGACAAGUUGACGAAUGCCAGGGAUUCAAAGAAGAUAAAGAAAGCUCCCAAAAAAGAAAAGUCAAAAACGGCAGUCCCAACCUUCGAAAGCGUGUACCAGCCGGAGCCUCUGACCGUGGAGGUCCAGAUCCAGCUGCAACAGUACCGCUCGGGGGAGGAAGCAUUCCUCAGCCUGGUUGACUAGCCGGGGAGAGUAAAGAAAGGCUGCUCUGCGGCCGGAGCUUG